CUUUAUUGCUGGCCGACCACCAAUGCAGCAACAACAACAACAAAAAAAAAAAAAAAAAAGGGAGAAAAUCAGUGCUUAUAAAUAAACUUCUCAUUUCACUCACAAUUCUCAACAGUUUUCUUGCAUCCCAAAAAAGCACAAUUUCAUAGUUCAUUCAUUCAUAAUCAAAAAGGGUUUAUGGCAAGGGUCAUCGUUCUUGUCAUUUUCACCAUUUUAGUGGUGGCAUUGUUCUCUACUACGGUUCAAGCACAAGAUGACGUCACGUGGGCAAAGAGAGUGGACACAGGCAAAGAAGUGGUAACAACGAUGGAGUUCUAUUUCCACGACACACUCAGCGGAAGAAACCCAAGUGCGCUCAAGAUAGCCCAAUCUGCCACCACUAAUUCUUCUCAGACCGGAUUCGGUCUGGUCUUUAUGGCGGAUGAUCCGUUGACUGUUGGACCAGACCCGAACUCAAAGCUCGUCGGCCGGGCUCGGGGAAUCUACGGAUCGGCUGGUCAGACUGAUGUGGAGCUUAUCAUGGUCAUGAGCUACGGGUUUUUAGAUGGCAUUUACAACGGUAGCUCUUUUAGCCUUCUAAGUGCGAAUCAGGCUCUAAACCCGGUUCGUGAAAUGGCGAUCGUUGGUGGUACCGGUUUGUUUCGGUUGGCUCGUGGUUAUGCGAUCGCUCAAACCUACUCGAUUGAUCUAACCACGGGUGAUGCCGUUGUCGGUUAUAAUGUCACAAUAGCUACUUAUAUUUAGGUUCUUUUUUCAUAUAGUUUUGGAAGAUUUUUUUCUGUUGAUUAUUGAUAAUUUUGUUUGCGUAAUAUGAAUAAUCAUAGAACCAAUUCCUUUUAUCAUGCUACAGAGGAUAUAGAGAUGGUAUUUCUUAAUUUGAAUGAUAUUAAUUAAGUAUACAUUGUUAUAUACUUCCUAGGAGUAUACCCAAAUUUGUAAGUGAGGGAUUUUACCAACAUUUAAGUGAGAUUUACUAAGGUG